UCGUGGUUCUUCCCGCCACCGCCUCACAGCACGCCGUCACAGUGUUAGUGGAUGUGGUCAGUGACGGUCACCCCAUGUGUUGCUUCACCACAUCAGUGAUGAAGGCUCGGCGGGAGUGGCGAGGGGCAGCCCUGUUGGUGGCGGUGGCGUGGGUGUUGGUGCUGGCGGUGGCGGCCGUGGCGGCGGCAGCGGGCCAGGAGAACGAGAAGUCACCAGUGUGCAGGAAGUGUGACUGUAUCUCCACUAUACCCCUGGACGUGGACUGCACCAACACCAUGAUAAGCCAGAUCCCGGACAUGACUAACGACGCCUUCACGCUGCCGGUGCGCCUCGACCUCUCCGAGAACGUGAUCCACCAUGUCGCCAAGUUCGCGAAUGUGACGCAGCUGGUGACCCUCAUAAUGAAGAAGAACCAGAUCGUCAGCAUAGCCGACGAGGCCUUCAUGGAUCUGCCUCACCUGAAGCAGCUCGUCCUGCAGGGCAACAAUCUUACGGGGAAGGCACUGAAGGAGAACGUGUUUAAGGGACGCUUUAAUGACACGCACCCCUUCCCAUUGGGGCUGGAGGAGCUGGACCUGAGCUACAACUACCUGGAGACCCUGGACAGCCACGCCUUCAAGCACCUGCCCUACCUCAAGCGGCUCUUCCUGUCCAACAACCCCGUGUGGGACAUCUCCAUCAGCAUGGCCACCGCGAUUAACGAACUCACAGCCCUGGAGGAGCUGGAUCUCUCGCAGACGGGCAUCGAGCGCCUGCCUAACCACUUCCUCUCUAACCUCAGGACACUAAGAGUGCUGACGCUGGCAGGGAACAAGUUUUCAUCAGUGCCCUCAAGCGAGCUCAAAUUUGCCCGAACCCUCCAAGAGCUAAACCUGAACGCCAACCCCAUCACCAGGAUCGACGCCGGGGACUUCCCAGAGGGCCUGCACUCGCUGCGUAUUCUGCAGCUGUCGGCGCUGCCAAGGCUACGAAGUGUGGGUCAGCAGUCAUUCUCCAGUAUUUCGAGUCUCCAAGUGCUGCACCUCUCAGACAACCCUAACUUUGCCGUCAUUGAUGAAGCAGCCUUCCUGGUGUUGCCCGGCAACGACUUGGCGCUUCAGGAGAUCCACCUUCAGGACAACCGCCUCAGCACUCUGUCGGAGAAGAUGCUGCCGUGGCUGGACCUGUUGUUCGUGGACCUGCAGAACAACCCGUGGGAGUGUGACUGCAACGUGAAGUGGAUUGCAGAAACGCUCAUCCCAGACCUGGAGGACAAGAACCCGCAGACCACUCUCUCCAUCUUGUGUGCCAGCCCCAUUGCUGAUCGUGGUAUGAAGAUGGUGGACCUGCUGGAUCAUUCCCACUCCUUCCAGUGCCGCGCGCCGGAUCCGUUUGUGAGGCACGAGGGCAGAUACGGACCCCUCAUCGUCGGCACCAUCGUCGUGGGCACCGUCCUCCUCAUCACCGGCACCUUGGUGUUUGUCUUCGUGCUCUACAGGCGGUCUCGGGAACACCAGCUCUUCGGGGAGCGAGUCAAAUACAGGCGAGCACAAGACGAGGAGGAGGAGGGCGUGUCACAGACUGUUAACUCCUAGACCCGCCCACACCUCCACGCCCACACCUGCUCGCCCACAUCUGCCCGCCCAAGCCAUAUCCUCACCUGCCGCCCUAAACACAUGCCCGAUCUCUUUCCCCGGAGUGCAAAGUCUGUUUAUACGGAAGGGAAACUCUAGUAACUUUUUUUGUUCCCGCACUUCAAGCCCCGCCCCGUGUUGUCCUAUCUUGAUUUGUACGCUACAUCUGUGGUAGUCAGGAGUUUUGCCAUCUUGUACACCUGCUCUCCAGUCCCUCCCUUCCCUUCCCUUACCUUUCUACCACAUACUGAUUGUACCUGCAUUUAUCACACCUUCGCAACCCCUCACACAAGCACGUACACAUAUUCAGUCACACACACACACACACACACACACACACACACACACAGAGAGAGAGACACACACAAAACUGCCUUAUCCUUGCUUCACCCGAUCCAUAGUACACACACACACACACACACACACACACACACACACACACACACACACAUCUUUAAGUCUUCCCUUGGAUGUCUGAUUACAUUAUUUUGCGCUAACCUCCAACACACGAGAUAGGAGAAACAUAUCUCUGCUUCUAAGUACAACGCCGAAGGAACACUAGGAACACAAGGUUAUCCUGCCAGUGUGCAGCAACUAAUGGGGCAAGUUUACCUGAAAAAUUAUGAGAUGUGUCUGCAUUAGUACCUCAAAGCUCAGUCUUUUGCUCACGACUCACUCAGUAAUGUCUCGGCCGUGAUGUGAUGCAGUGUUACGUUCUCUUUGGUUAAAAUAUUGCCAGGCUUGUUGACUAGAAAUCAAUACCGUGUCUUCCAUCCCUUAGCUUUACGAUGCCUGACAGCCUGCUCGUUAGAGGUUGAUGAAGCUCAUGCAGGUAUGACGGAUUAAAGGACAUCAUAUUUCUUUCAUCUUCCCUUACCGCCCUCUCACACACAAAGGGAGGCAUGGAGCUACUCCAAACCGGUAAAUUACAGAGUGAGAGUGCAUUGUAAGUGUUCAAACGCAUAAUUAAGUGGAAAGAAAAGAAGUUCGUUCGUUUCUCACUCGUAAAAAUGGGAUACAUGGCACAUCAGCGAUUACAGCCGGUAAGGCUCCUGACUAGCACUUGUUAUCAUGUUAUAGAUCUAGUGCUACAGGACAUCAGUGUCCGAUAGGAGCCUCAGUUACCUGCGAUAAAAUAAGACUGACAACUAGACAUAGGCAGGACACGUCAUGCGCCGAACAGAUUAUAACUGAAAAAUUAAACGUAACAAAACAACAAUCUAGGAAUGGUAAGAAAAAUCAAAAGAAGGCAAGGCAGACAGAGAAAUGGUGGAGGGUGGCCAGCAACAGAAGGGCGGUAGAGAGAUGAGUGAAGGGUUGAAGAGGCAUGUGUUCUACGCUGGAAUCAUUGAAGGUAAUGGUGAUGAUGAUGAUGAUGAUGUGCUUCACCUCAUAGUACAAGCGAAGGUGUACUAAUGAUCAAAUCAACAAAACAAUACAAAAGAAUAAUUGCUCAGUGAUUGAUUCCCUCUUCUUCCGUCUGCAGCGAUGAAUCAAAGUCAUCACACACACACACACACACACACACACACACACACACACACACACACACACACACACACACACACACACACACACACACACACACACUUAUGGGUCUCGUGACAUGCAUUAAAAAAAUUCGUGUGUAUAAUAAUAGUCAGCUUGUAUGUGUAAAUAUAUAAUUAUACUUUAGAGAGAGAUAAGAGUACCUAGUAUAUAAAAAUAAGUAUGUGCGUGUGUAUGUAACGUGACUUCGUGUAUAACGCGACAACGCUUUCAUUCCUACGUGCCAUACAUGAGUUACCGUGUGAGUUAAGUUUAUAUAUAUAUAGAGAGCUGAAAGUUUGAAGAGUAUUUUAUAUCUAUGGAUAUUUGUAUACUUCUUGUACUGUAAAUGGCGACGUGUGUUUAGUAGCAUCAAAUCAAACCCUGCAGGCUGGUAGUGGUGACCCGAGAGCCUUACGACAAUAAAGUUGAAGGAUGACGUU